CACUUUCCCAAAUCCCAAUAUAUGAAACUGGAAACGAAUCUAAAGGGAAAGAUGGUACCACGAGAAGAGAAUCGGACGAAAGCUUCAAGAUAAUGUUAUUUUGUUAAGAAGCAGAAAAGCCAUGUCAUGUGCUGCAGGGGACACUCAUGUGACCAACAUCUAUUUAGAUUAGGCAAAAUCUUCAAACGACAAAAGUCAAUUAUUAAUCUCAACAUGCCACAUGUACUUUUUCAUUUAUACACAUUUUUUUGGAACUUUCUAUCUGUUUACAAUAUUCUUCUUUUAUGUUUUAGUUCUCUAUCAAUAAUUGGUGAACCAUCAUGCCAAACAAGUGUUAGAGAUCCUAAUUUUAAUGUUUUUAAUUACUUGAUCAGAUUUAUCUAAAAACGUGAUAAAUAUAUAAUCAGGCAUGCUUGGUUAAAUCAAUAUUUCUUUAAAAAAUCAAUAUUAAAAUAAAUGUAAGAAUCUUUCAUUAAGAAAGCCAUUCCAUUCUUUUUUUUCCUAGGCCACUCUAAAUGCUCAUCUAUAUGAUAAAUGUGAAUCUCUUAAAAAAUUAACUUAAGGCAAAAGGUAAAGAAAGAUACGCAAGAGAGUUGUGUGUUCAUGUUAUGUAUAUGCUUUAACAACAACGAGCGAUGGUGGUAAAUGCGUCUGAAGAAAAGUAUCUGAACUUUUUUUUGUUUUGAAGAAAGAAGGUAUAUUUCUCAGAUAUUACAUAUAUAAAUACUUAUAUAUUCAGUGAUGUAACCUAUUGAUGUCCUUGAAUGAGUUCACAAUUUUUUUUUCUUGAUUGAAGUUACAAGGAGUAAUCCUCUCAGAUUUGGAAAUAAAGAUAAAAAGAGAGAGGAAAAGAUUUGAGUUUCAUCACUAAACCAAUAUUUUUCUUACCAUCCUUUGAGAGAGAAAAUGAGUAAAGAAGAGUUCAUGAACAUCCAGACUUGUGUUCUUAAAGUGAAUAUACACUGUGAAGGUUGUAAGCAAAAAGUCAAGAAAAUCUUGCAGAAAAUCGAAGGUGUUUUCACGACCAAGAUUGAUGCAGACCAAGGGAAAGUGACUGUCUCUGUCUCCGGGAGCGUAGAUCCUUUAGUUCUCAUCGAGAAGCUCGCCAAAUCUGGUAAACAUGCUGAAGUCUGGGGAGCUCCAAAGGGCAACAACAAUCCAAAUCAGUCUCAUGACUCUCACUUGGUGAAUCAGUUAAAGGAAAUGCAGAUUGACAACAAAAAAGGCAGCGGUGGUAAGAACAAUAACAACGAUAAAUGCCCGAAGAAUGUUGGAAGUGGAGGUGGAGGUAACAAUCCACACCAGAUACAGAAGAUGAAAGGGUUUCAAGAUACGAAGCUUCCUCAGCAGUUAAAGGAUUUGAAGGGCUCUGUUCUUGAGAACAAGAACCAAAACCAGCCAGGAGCAAAGUUCAAUGUUCCUGAGGAGGAGGAUGAUUAUUUUAGUGAUGACGAUGACGAGUUUACUGAUGCUGGUGACGAGGACUCUGAUGAUGAUGAGUUUGAUGAUUUCCCUUCUCCGUCUAAUAAGAUGAUGAUGCCUAAUAAUCAACAGAUGAUGAUGAACGCCAAUCUUGGCGGUGGUCCCACCAAAAACGGCGGUAAGGGAGUUUACGGCAGUGGCAAAGGUGAACCGAACGGCGGUGGCGGUGGAAAAGGUGAUUCUGGCGGCGCUGGAAAUCAAAACCAAGGCGGAGGCAAGAACGGCGGCCAAAACGCCAAUGGUGUACAUCAACAAGAUGGUAAAAAUGGCGGUGGUCCAAACGUCGGAAAGAAGCUUAACGGCGGAGGUGGUGGACUUCCGGCCGGUUUUAUUCCCAUGGGAGGCGGAGUACCACCAAACAUAAGCAUGCCAAUUGGUUGUCUAAUGGGUAUGGGUGAUCCCAUGGGAAAUAUUCCGGCCGGUUUAUGUCCCAUGGGAGGUGCAGGACCAUCAAACAUGACUAUGCCAAUAGGUGGUCUAAUGGGUAUGGGUGGUCUGAUGGGGAAUAUUCCGGCGGUUCAUGGAUUACCGGCCACCGGUGCAAGCAGUAUACCGCCAGGUUAUUUCCAAAGGGCCGGGCCAGAUCCAAUUCAAAUGCAACAUCAACAACAACAACAACAGUAUUUAGCAGCGGUUAUGAACCAGCAACGUGCUAUGGAAAACGAACGGUUCCAACCAAUUAUGUACGCAAGGCCACCACUGGCAGUUAACUAUAUGCCACCGCACAUACACCUACACCAAUAUCCGAAUCCUUAUGAUCCAUACCCGUAUCCACCUCAUGGGAAUGAUCAAUACUCUCAUGUCUCUAACGAGGAGAACACAUCAAGCUGCGAUAUCAUGUGAUGGUUUCACUAUUUUUAUAGAAUUAUAAUGUAAAUUUGGACGCAUGUUAAAUUAUGUUGAAGUUCAUGUUAUUCUCCUUCAUGUGACUUUUUAUUUGCUAAUCAAGAAAAUAAAUUAUGAAUA